AUGGCAGUCCGUCCCACAGCCGUUGAAGGUCAAAUCCAUUCCAAGUCCAGUCGCGUUCGAUCGUCGAAUGUACAAUCAAGUGUGAUUCAUCAACCUGUUAAGUUGAGUACUGACGGAGCUUGCAAAAGCUGGAACUGGCUCAACAAGUUGCUACUCGAUCCCAACCUGUGCGAGUCGGACGUGUUGCCGAUUUUCCGCCAAGCGGUCAUAACGUCGCUGGGUCGCAACUACCGGACAAUUCCAUACAUCCUCAAGCGCGUCUGGGACGUUGACGAACGCGUCCGGCGGCACACGUACAUCCAGAUAAGCAGCUACCCGGUCAAGCAGUACAUAGUGGCCCAGCGGUUUGUCAAAAUAGUGCUCAUUCCGCAGUGGUUCGAGUCGUACCAGAAGAAUAAUGUGGCGUUCGUGAAGGCGCUCAAAAUCGACGCGGACGAGAAGGAGAUGGAACGGUUCGCGAAGACGGCCAAGCUUGCGCUGGGGGAGAUCUUUACUAAAUACGGCCUCAACGACGCCACCACGAUGCUCGGGCUGCGCGAGGAGGACAAAACGAUCCCGCUGAAGAACCUCACCAUCGAGACGGCAAUCUGCUGGCAGGCGCUGCUCAAGAUCCUCCAGCACACCGAUUCGUACGAGCUGGACGCGUACAUGGUGGAUCUGACGGCGUUUGGCAACUACAUCAAGACCUUUGCGGACACGCCGACGCUGUGCAAGUACAUCCGGCAGCUGGCGUACGAUCCAUCGAUGACGAGGGACAUGUUACAGAAGAUGUACUUCCAGUCGAUGAUGCAGGUGCUGCUAGAGAUUGUACGAUCUGGGUGACGAGGUCGGUCGGGAGAACUUGAAGAAGGUGCUGGCGGAAAUGUUGGCGAUCUUGGCGAGGGCAACGUGAAGACGAUUAUGGCCAUCUUUGAGCGGUUGGUGUGUGACGUCGAGGAGCGGUUCCGAUUCUGUGUGGAUUUGAUCAACGGCAUAAUGGACUUGAAGGAGCAGGAGAUGGACAAGGUCAACAAGAAGGAUUAUGGCGGUGCGCGGCGAGCGUCGGCGGGUUGAUCGCGCCAAUGACGUACACAC